AUGAGGAAGGAAGAGGAAGAAAGAGCAAGACUUGAAGAAAUUGCUCAUUUACAAGCAGAAGAGAAGAGGGCAGAAAGAGCAAGACAAGUAGAGAUUGCUCGUCUAAAGGAAGAAGAGAGAAUCAGAGUAAAGGAAGAAGCCAAUCGAGGCUUGGAGUACUUCUCUAACUCUGAUGAAGAAGAUGACCAAGAACAUUUUGAUGAUGUUUCUAGGUCAAAUACAACAAGUGAAGAGAGUGAAGAAGAAGAAGAAGAAGAAGAAGAUGAGGAGGGAGGAGGUGAARCAGCUGCUCUGCCUCAGGGUGAGCCAGAGCAGCCUAGGAUGGUGAAUAAGCACACUUAUUUCACUAGCCCAACUUCUAGUGCUACCACAUCAUCUGACUCCAGUGGUCGAGACACGAAGGUCAUUGAUACAGAGAGGGAUGGAGCUUCCACUUCAUCUCACGACUCUCAGGCGCUCAUUCCUCUGAAUGUCCCUGUAGACUACGUCACCAAGUCGGCCAUGAAUGCUCUGGGUGAUCGUCUCCUCCAGAAGGUGGCCAACUUCAUGUCAGACUUCAAUAACAAGGCCAAGGAGGCAGCAGAGCAAAUACGACAAUCAUUGGCCGCCUUCAAUUAUCGUACUGAUAUGGAGAUUCUUAAGGUCUCGAAUGCAGCAGAGGCCAUUCUUAAACUCUUUGAGGAGAGGAUCAAAUCCAUGCCCCAAGCAAAAGAGCAAAGGCCAAAGAGGAGAAUGGAACCUUCUGCAUGUGCUUCAGCCUUAAAGCGAAGGAGGCUUGACGACGAUGAGGAUCCAAACAUGUCUGGCCCUCAAAGUCGUCAAGAAGGGGAGAACCAGUCCACAGCUGCUCCAAGUAUCACACCAAGGGUUGCCCCAUCUGCCUCUGCCCCCAUCUGCCUCUGCCCCAAGCCAGCCAGCACCAGGGUCAACAAGGCAGAGAGCACAAAAUAA